AUGACGGCGAAGCUUCCGAGCGACUUUCUCUGGGGAUAUGCCACAGCGAGCUACCAAAUCGAAGGCUCUCCUGACGUUCAAGGCCGCUCGCCCUCCAUCUGGGACACCUUCUCCCACACCCCGGGAAAGAUCAAGGACAACUCCAACGGAGAUGUAGCGACCGACUCGUAUCGGCGCUGGGGCGAGGACAUCGCCCUCCUCAAGCUCUCGGGAGCGAACUCGUACCGCUUCUCGAUCUCGUGGAGUAGGAUCAUCCCGCAGGGUGGGCGCGGCGACCUGAUCAACGCAGACGCCAUCGAGCACUAUGGCGUGUUUAUCCAAACGUUGCGUAAGAACGGCAUCAAGCCGAUCGUAACGCUGUACCACUGGGACCUCCCACAGGCACUGCACGAUCGCUACGGAGGAUGGUUAAACAAGGAGGAGAUCGUACAAGACUACGUCAACUAUGCCAGGACCUGCUUCAGAUAUUUCGGGGACCAAGUCAAGGACUGGAUCACUCACAAUGAGCCAUGGUGCAUCUCCGUCUUGGGCUACGCAACCGGGGCCUUCGCUCCAGGGCAUAAAGGUGACACUGAACACUGGAUUGUAGCGCACAAUCUGCUCAUCGCCCACGCGUAUGCUGUGAAGGCGUACCGCGACGAAUUUCAAGCCAGUCAGGGAGGCCAGAUCGGGAUCACUCUGGACUGCAGCUGGCAGAUUCCCUAUGACGAUUCGCCGGAAAACGUGGCUGCUGCUCAGCGUGCGAUCGCCUUCAAGCUUGGCCGCUUUGCGGACCCGAUAUACAAAGGCCACUAUCCCAAAGUGGUGAAAGAUAUGAUCGGCGACCGCCUCCCCGACUUCACGGAGGAAGAAAUCUCUGUGGUCAAGGGAUCCUCCGAUUUCUUCGGUUUGAACACGUACACCACUCAACUCGCCAUGGAGGGAGGCGACAGUGAGAUCCAAGGGAACGUGAAAAAUACCUUUACCAAGCCAGAUGGGACUCAACUGGGCAAGGAAUCGCAUGUAUCUUGGCUGCAAACGUAUCCGCCUGGAUUCCGCUCGCUGCUGAACUACCUGUGGGAGACGUACAAGAAACCCAUCUACGUGACCGAGAACGGUUUCCCCGUGAAAGGCGAAAACUCGCUUCCUGUCGAAAAGGUCGUCAACGACACAGCCCGCGUGGACUACUACGAAGGCUACACGGAUGCCCUGCUUCGCGCAGCCAACGAGGACGGUGUGCCCGUCAAGGGUUAUUUCGCGUGGAGCAUUCUGGACAACUUCGAAUGGGCGGACGGGUACGACACCCGCUUCGGGGUUACAUACGUCGACUUCGCCACCCAGCGGCGUACGCCCAAGGCGUCCUACGAUUUCCUGAAGAAAUGGUUUGCAGACCACAUCGCCACAUGA